AUGCGCAAGGAACGACAAGCAGGCAGUCUCGAUACUGGUAUCGAAACUUAUCGAAGCAUUGAAUUCAACCUUAUCGGCGACCAAUUCAAAGAAUAUCGUGACCUAGAUCACGCUGGAAAGCCUCUUCAAAUCCCUAAUUUUGGAGCUUCCAUUGAAGGAUAUACUUCUGGCUUCAACUUGAAUCUCCACGACUGUUGGAACCCGCUUCAGGGAAGUUCUGUAUAUCACGACUCAAAGACUCACGAUUUCUUCGAUAGAUAUUCUUCGAAAAGACCAGAUCGCUCACAUACAUGGUCUGGGGAAUACUCAGAUCCGGGGUAUGGAAGCCAGUUCGGUGGGGGCACGACCCCUUCAAUGAGCGUUUCGAGUUUCUUGGACUCAAGGACCGAGAUUUCAAGUAUUCCCGACGACUCUUCAUCAUAUAUCAAUGGAGUUGCAAUACCAAGACAAUCUAGAACGAAGUCCAUGGACGAUAAUAAGCUGAGGUGCGACAAAUGUCCUUGGGUAGGGAAGACUCCGUCUGAAAAAAGGAAGCAUGACGCACGGCAUCGAAAAGCUCAUAAAUGCGAAGAGGACGGUUGUGAGUCAAGAUUUGGCAACAAGAACGACCUUGAAAGACACAGAAAGUCAGUUCACAAUAAAUGUCCUGAAUGUGGACCAAAGGAAACUUACAAGUGUUUUGGCCGGAAUUGUGGGCAUCCUGAGAAGGUGUGGCCGAGGCUGGAUAACUUCAAGGCCCAUCUUCGGCUUAAACAUUACGAAGAAAAUGAGACGGACUUGCUCUCCUGGUCACGGAAUUGGUAUAAGGAGCGCAAGAAGGAAGAGGAAGGGAAGAAGAGGGAAGGCGGGAUUCAAACGACAAGCUCGUGCACCGCUGACGUGAGCUCAAGGAAGGAACCACCAACAACUCCGACCAUCACUCCAUCAACUCUGAUCAAUACGUUGAGCUACAAUCCAGGCGAUUACUUUGGCACCGAGCUAGGAACCCUGACCCUUAAUCCAAUUGGGCAUCCUCAGAACUCACGUGCAAACGCUUUUCCGGAAACCCUGCAGACUCUGAAUGAACUCCCUUUCAGCCCACUGAAAGCAGAUGGCUCGUCAGCCGAUCAGGUGGAUUUCAAACUGCCAAGCGUGCCUGAUAUUCUUGCAGAGGUCAAUCCUCAGCGACGUGAUGAUUUGGUCUUCAGAAUGGGUCCCGAAAGCACCCCUUCGAAAGGUGGUUUGCCAGGCGUAGAGUUGUUUCACCACGGAGUACCGUCUACAAAGGUGCUUGAUCUAGCAGUCAAAUUGCAAAACAGGAUGAGGGGCUUUUCUCAGGAAGAAAGAGAUAUUAUUUGUUUGAAACUAGAAUCGAUUUGGGAAGAAAUGAGGACACCAGAUACAUCAAAAUCCUGGGAGGAUCCCCUUGGGAAAAGAGAUGAGGAGAUUGCAACAACCAUGCAUGAAAUGUCGAAAGAAAGUCCCAAACAGGAUGAUUCUAAAUGUCCAUUCUGCUUUAAAUCUUUCAAUAGACCCUCUGCACUAAAAAAACAUCGAAAACGACAUGAAAAGCCUUAUGGCUGCACAUUUUCAGGCUGCUAUGGCAGAUUCGGCAGCAAAGCUGAUUGGAAACGUCAUGAGAGUAUGCAGCAUUGUCAUACUCAAUCCUUCCGGUGUUCCCUACCUCGUGACCCCCAUCCCCAAUGCGCGAAACUCUUUCUUCAACAAAAAGACUUCGUGGAACAUUUGAGAACUGUCCAUCAUGCCGAGCCUGGGACAAUAGACCAUCAAAUUACUAACGGCCGUAUCGGGGCCAAUGACGCCGAGUCAAAGUUCAGAUACUGGUGUGGAUUCUGUAAAGAGAUCAAACCUGUGGAGAAAACAGGAGUAGAUGCUCUCAACGAGCGUUUUGAUCACAUUGAUUUACAUUUUCGAAGGAAUGAAAAUAUCAAGACAUGGAUUCCAGCUAAGGGCCACACAGAAAAGGGGGCUCAAAAGAAAAGGGAUAAGAAUCGGAAGAAAGAGAGUAAAAGGACAGCUACGUCCCGCUUGGAAGAGAACCCGGAGUCUCUAUAUGAUAAUGGCCACGACGGUGGGGAGCCCAGUACAUACGAAGAGUGUCCGUCGAGUGCAGACGAGACUUAUACUGAGGCCAAGCCACAUUCUGACAGCCAUGGUGAAAGGAGCAAAGCUCGCAAAUUGGAUCAUGUGGAAAAACACGAAGAUUCGGUAUUUUAUUGUUGCUCCUGCGGAGACGGACCUCGACCGAUCAUGGCUAUGCACUGUGUAUGUGGACAUCCAUUCUGCGAAUUCUGUAACAAGGAGACUUCCAAUAUCAUGGAUCCAAUACCUCCUUUCAACUCAUAG